GAGGAACGCAAAAAAUGAAGUCAAGCCUCAAUUCAAUCAAGAAACAUAAAUUCCCCUAUCCUCAUUCCCACCCCCGCCGCCGCCGGAGCCGCUCCCGCCACCGAUAUUUCACACACCACACACACUACACAAUCUUAUAAAUAAUCCGACAUGCAAUCCAACAACAUUUUCAUGAACAGCAAAAGGAUCACCGCCCCCACCGGCCCCAACAACCCCUCCUCCACCACCCACCGCCGCACCGCCUCCGCCUCCGCCCAAGCCUGCGCCGCCUGCAAGUACCAGCGCCGGAAGUGCGCCGCCGACUGCAUCCUCGCCCCCUACUUCCCCCACGACCGCCAGCGGCAGUUCCUGAACGCCCACCGCCUCUUCGGCGUCAGCAACAUCAUCAAGAUCGUCCGCCGCCUCGAUCCGCCGGCCAAGGACGCCGCCAUGCGCACCAUCGUGUUCCAAUCCGAGGCGCGCGCCGCCGACCCCGCCGGCGGCUGCUACCGCAUCAUACGCGACCUCGAGCAGCAGAUCGAGCUGGCCACGGCCGAGCUCGAGAUCGUGCUCCACCACCUCGCUCUCUGCCGCGCCGCCGCGGCCCGCCAGCAGGACGGCGGAGAUGCGAAUUGGAGGGGAAAUGAUGCGGUGGUUGUUGAUGAUGGGAAUUCGUGGAGCUGCAUCGAUGGGAUCAAUAAUGCGCAUGCCGAAUCAUCAUCCUCAUCGUCAUUCAAUCUUGAUCAUCACCAUGAUCAAGAUUUGAAGAUUAUUCUUGACAAUUUAUCUCGAGAUGAUGAUCAUCAUCAUCACGGCUACAAAUUUGAUUGCCAUGAAGAAAUUUUACCAAGCAACAAUGGCAUUUUGACGGAGGAAAACGCCACAUCCGAAGAAGAAAAUGGGCAGUUUACAUAUAUCCAAGACGAAAAUGAGCUACAGUCUGCUGCAGCCAAUUUCACCCUCAUAAAUAGUGAUGACAUUGAAAAUAUUGAGAAUAAAUUCUGAAAGAGAAGUGUGUAAUUGUUGUUGAAUAUUCAUUUUUUUUUUGUCUCCUCUUCUUACACUUUAGUGACAUCAGAUAGCUAGGAAACAGCCAACGGCGAGAUAUCUAUAUAUAUCACGUUUAGCCCACGUAAGUUAGAGUAUUUUCUUAUACAAAUAUAUCAGAUAUUCUAUUGCAAUAA